UACUUCCUUGCAAAUUCCAGAAGUUCUGACGUAGGCAGCAGCAGGAAAUAUCUAGCUAGGGUGAGCUGGGCCGCUUGGGCCGCUUGGGCUGCUUGCUUGGGCUGCUUGGGCUGUUUUACCAGACAUGUCUGCAUGAUCCCGUCAGCCAGCAGCGCGCUGCGUGCUAAACCCUCAACUCCUCGACAAAAGUCACGCAGCUCAUUCCCGUCCUUCCUACCCACCCCACCCUGGUUAAUUACCGUACACUCUAGUCACGUUCUUACUUAGCUGCGUCAUGCCCUUAGCCAUCCGAGCGGAAUGGCGUGAUUGUACCGCGGACGCUAUCAGGUAGCGUCGCAAUCAGCACGACGCACUUUCGUUUGACUACGGUGCAUAGAAGAAGCGAACAAUAGUAGACUUCCCCGUGAAGCAGCAACCUCCUCGACCGACACCCGUUGCUCCAGUCGCAUGACCCGCAAUCUCUUCCGGUUUCGCCGUUCGUCGCUGCAAUCUGUCGCACACAACCCGACUUCCUUGCCCCCGUUGCGACUAAAGAAAAAAACCACUUCACAGCGCGCCAUUAUUGGUGAAUGCCGCCCAUGGCCGGGAGUGGCGCGGCCGUGUCCACCGCUGCACCAAGCACCUCGCAAGCGCUAAUGGGCGACAGCAGCACAAGAGGGCAGGACAGAGAGCGCGAGAUGGAGGUGGGGCUGGAGGCGCUGCUCCGCGAGCUUUACGAGCUCAUGUGCCCGCGCGAGCCCGACUACACCGUGCGCCUGGAGCUCGUCGACCGCAUCAACAUGCUCGUCGCCUCCGUGCCCGCCUGCAAAGGCAUGGAGGUGGUGCCCUUCGGUUCGUUCGCGUCGGACCUCUUCUCGCCCUGGGGCGACCUGGACCUGUCUCUGGAGGGCGAGUACCGCAGCACGGGGGGCAAUGGCUUGCGGCGCCAGGGAGUCAACAUACUCCAUGCCAUACACCACCGCCUGCUGCUCACAGGCAUGGCGCGCGGCGUGCAGAUCGUGGCGCACGCGCGCGUGCCGCUGGUGAUGUUCACGGACGCGGCGACGGGCAUCGCGUGCGACCUGUCCGUGGGCAACGGCUCGGGCGUCUUUAAAUCCACCGUGAUGCGCGCGCUGCUGCGCUUCGACGCGCGCUGCCGCCCACUGCUCUUCCUCGUGAAGGUGUGGGCGAAGGCUCAGGGCAUCAACGACCCCAAGUCGGGGUCGCUCAACUCGUUUGCGCUGGCGCUGCUCGUCAUCUUCCACCUGCAGACCGUGCACCCGCCCAUCCUGCCGCCCAUCCGACACAUCCUGGGACGCCUGGAGAGCAUAGACCAGAAGGCGGUGAGGCAGCAGCGCAUAGCGGAGUGUGAGGGGCGCGUGGCGCGCAUGAUUGAAGCGAGGGACAGCGGUGACGGCGGCGAAUGGCCGGGUGCGGCCGGAAAGAACAGCAGCUGCGUGGCUGUGCUGCUCGCAUCCUUCUUUGCUAAGUACGAUGCAGUGCGGGAGCAGUGGGCGCAGGGGCUGGCAGUGCGGCCGCUGACGGCGCAGUGGGGCGACCUCUCAGACACGCACUCGUCCUUCGCCCAGCGCAGCUACUCCAUGAUCGUGGAGGAUCCCUUUGACCUGCGUGAGAACUGUGCUCGGUCCGUGCAGCUGCAGUCCUUCCCCGCCGUCUGCAACGCCUUUGCUGCCGCAGCCCGUGCCUUCUCCCCCCUCCCACCCGCCCACUCCCUGCGCGACCUCCGCCUCGCUCUCUUCAAAUGGCACCCGGGCGAGCCCCGACCGUCCUUCACCACUUCCCACCCCCACGGACCCAUGCCCGUGAGAUUCAACCGCGGGUAUCAGGGCAGGAUGGGGCCGGGAGGGGCAGGAGGAGGGGUUGGGAGGAGUCCAGGUGAGGAUUGGGUGAGAGGGGGCGGGUUUGGGCGAGGAAUGGUGAGUGUGGGGAGGGGGAGGGGUUUGCACCAGGCUGCUGCGGCUGCGGGUGCGGCUGCUUCAGCGGCUGCUGUUGCCGCUGCUGCGUCUGCUCCAGGGAUGAUUGGGGGGCCUGUUGGUCGGAAUAGCAGGGGAGGGAGGGGGCUGGCUGCAGUUGCAGCUGCCGAGCUCUCUCCUAGUGCUGCAGCUGGUGGGGACGCGGGAGUUAGGGAGGCGAGAAAGCAGGGCGGAGGAGAGAAGGCAGGAGAAGGAAAUUCGCAGGAAAGACAGAAACAGCACCAGCAGCAGCAGUCGCGUCCAGGCGGAGAGCAAGCAGCAGCACAGGCGUCCUCUGCCUCGUCCACAUCCGUCCCCUCCCUCCUCUCCACUCCUCACAGACCCCAGCCCCAGGACCCAUUCCCCCCUCUCCAGUCCUCGGCUCCUGCUGCGCCAAACACUCUCAACUUCCCUCUCAAUCUCCCCUAUCCCCUCCUCUCAGCCACCGCCCCACGAGCAGUCAACCCAUACCUAGCGCCUCACCAGCUCCACAACCCGGCUUUCCCAGGCAUGCGGUUUGGCCAGGGGGGCUACCCCCCUCUAGGGCUUGCUGCAUCACACCUGAACCCCCAUGGGCUAGCUCCCCUGGGUCCUGGGCUGGCUGCAGUUCUUAGUCUCGCCCGUCCCUCCCUCGGGCCCCCGGCUCCCCUGGGAUAUCCUGGCUUGAGAAGUGAUUACCCUGCGGCAGCUGGGGCUGCUGCUGCCACUGCUGCUGCUGCGGCUGGGCCGAUGCCUUCCUUUGCUGCGGCUGCGGCUGCGGCUGCGGCUGCAGGCGUGGCACGUGGCGGAGGAAGCAAUGGUGCUGGUAGUGCUGAUGAUGCUGCUGGUGGUGCUGCUGGUGCUGCUGUUGGCAGCAGCAGCACCGCCAGCUUUGGCAACGCGAAUGCAGGGGAAGCAGUGGCAGUGGCCGAGGCAAGGAGCAGCGCAGGGGGGGGAGAGGCAGCGAAGGCGACGGGAGGGGUGUCGUGGAGUGUGUCUGGGGACAGGAGCCAUGGCGUGCUGAGAGACAGAGGUGUUGUGAAGGCUGCAGAAGUGGGGGGGGGAAGGCGGAUUGCAGCAGCAGCAGCGGCUAGGAUCACCGGACAGUUUAGUGAGCUGUCCUUGAGCCAAGAAGAGGGGAGGAAAGAGGUGGUGAACAUGGUGGGGAGGAGAGAGGAGCAGGACGGAAAUGCGACAAUGGAGAGUGAGAAAGGUGGAGGAGUAGGGGGGGGUGCGAGGAUAGAGGCGGAGGGGAAUCAGCAGCAGCGGGAUGAGAAGCACGCAGAGGUGGUCGCACUGACCUUGCACUCGCAGAGCCAAGUGCAAGGAAAGGGGAAGAUAGUCGGUGUGACAGAUACAAGUGUGGCAGCAAUAGGCACAGCACACUCGUCUGAGGUUGCAGGCACAGGAGAAACUAAUGUGGUUCGCCCUGCUCCUGCUCCUGCUCCUGCCCCUGCUCCUGCUCCUGCUCCUGCUCCUGCUCCUGCUCCUGCUCCUGCUCCUGCUCCUGCUCCUGCUGCUGCUGCUGCUCCUCCGGCUCCUGCUGCUGCUGCUGCUGUCGCAGGUGCUGCUUCUCCUCCUCCCUCUGCAGCCGCUGCCUCUGCUGCUGCUUCUGCUGCUGCUUCUGCUGCUGCUGCUGCUGCUACAGCUCCUAGGCAGUCCCCAGUCACAUCCACUCUGGUUGCGCCCGCCAAUAAUCUAGGUCCGGCAAGAGGAGGCGGUAGGGAUGGAGCAGCAGGGGCAAGGGGCCGAGGGGAAAGGGGAGGCCGGAGGGGCGGGAGAGGAGGAAGGGGUGCCAUGGUGUCGGCUGACUCUGUUGCAGCAGCUCAUGCUGCUGUCUCCAGAGCUACCAUUGACGCAGGACACAACACAGGUGGCAGGGAAGCAACUGCAGCAGCACCUGCAGCAGUAACAGCAGCAGUGCCAGCAGCAGUAGUGCCAGCAGCAGUAGUGCCAGCAGCAGCUGCAGCAGCAGUGAGUGGUGAGGCAGGGGUGGAAGAAGGCUUUGACGGUGGUCGGCGGGGGAGGAGUAGGCCAAGGAAGGGGAGAGGGCGAGGAGCGCAGAGAGGAGGGGCGAACGGGGCAGGUUACCAUGGGGAUGAGGCAUGGGCGGACACAGAGUCAGAGCGGAGAGAGCAGCCCCCACCACCGCCCAGCCAGGCUAUGUGGUCGUGGGGAGGACAAACGGGAGUGGGGGGGGCACAGGGCGGCAGACAGGCGGUGCCACAGGGGGUAACACAGGGCGGACAGGGACCAACACAGGGACAAGGAGGGAUGCAGGGUGGACAGGCAGGGGGGCAGGGAGGGCAGGAGAGGCAUGGGGCAGGGCGAGGAGAAUGGAGGCAGCAUGCUGGGUGGCAGGGUCGUGGUUGGGGGAGGCAGGGGCACGGGCACGGGCAAGGGUAUGGCUAUGGCGCAACACAGGGAACCAUGCAGGGUGGGAGAGGUGGAGGGGUGCAGGGACAACAGCAGAAUGGGUACCAGGGAGGGCAAGGAGUUGUGGUGAGUGGAGCAAGUGCUGGUGCUGGUGCUGCUGGUGCACCAAGGAGGAAAAGAGGGGGGAGAAAGGACCAAGUGUGGAAGGAGAAAGGAGGCGGGGAAUAAAUGCUUUUGCUGUAACGCUAUACUGGACUUGAAGGUGGCUUGAUCAUUGCACCGCCCUCAGAGAUGGUGCACGUUGCAAGUUCUGUACUUGCAAUUGGAGAUGUAGAGAUUCAGCACAGCUGCAGCAGUGUGUGGUGAUGAGAUCUUGGUUUGAUUCUGAACGUCAGAUUUCCCCAUGCUAGUUUCUGCUCAAAUCUUCCCUCCUGUAAAUUGUGAAUGUUGUGUAGGUCAGUCAGAUGUGCAGUUUAUCCAUGCAUGUCAUCCGUGCUCGUGGCCACUUGUAUUAUCAAAUGUGUGAUUUAUAGAGACAGGACAGGCCCAUCUUACGUAUA